GCGGAAGUUCCAAUCAGACUGUGACGAUGCGAAAAAGUCUGUCUGCUUUCAUAACUUUGCUUCUUCAAAGCUAACACCAAGAUCCCUGUGUGACAACGAAACCUGAUAAUCAAGACUUUAUUGUGGAGCUGUUAAAACUGGGUAGAGUUUGGUAAAAAUUGCGCGAUCUUUGCCAAGUUCGAGAGCUGCCUCUAUCAUCAAUCAUCAACUCUUUUACGACAACAAAGCGUGUUUAAGUUAUUUUACAUCGAAUUCUCCUCAAAUUCUAGUGUUUCUUUUGCUAAAAAAAGGAUUAGAAUCCUUAUGGCGAGUCUUGAAACGGUAGAUAGUGGCUCUGCUGCGUUUAUUCGUCCAUCUUCUGGCUUUACAAGAAGCAGACUUCAACCCGCAACAUCGUACCAUGGAUUCCAUUUCUCGCGCGACCAACAACUGCAAGCGAGCUGCAACGGCUUAUACAAUGAGUAUGAUACCCAAAAUAGCGGAAUACGUCGUCAGAUAAGUGUUCCAGAAAGAAGAUCAGCGAAUUUUCAGCUGAAUGUUGUCGCCGAUGUCGACGACGAGAUGCAGAGUAUCGAAAGGAGACUAGAAAGUUACAUACACUGGCCCGAAAAUUGUCCGGUACGUCCCCGGGAAUUAGCCAUGGCUGGGUUUUAUUAUACGGGAUGUGGCGAUCAAGUGAGAUGCUUUUCAUGCGAUCUUCAACUUGGAAAAUGGGUUGAUGGGGACGAACCAUUUGAGGAGCAUCUUAAACAUCGUCCUAGUUGUGGUUUUAUUCUAGAAAGUAAAAGCGAAAGUAAAAGCUUGGUUACUUGUAAACCAGUUGAGGCAUCUACUGAAGACCAUGGAAGCUUUACUGGGUCACAAGAUAGGAUGAGACCAGUAAUAUUCCAGUCAGAAAGGAAGUCACUACCAGCCUUACCGAUAGGUGCGGUACCCGAAGUUAGCCAGCACCUCCAAACACUGGGUAAUGCUGCAUUCCUGAUGAGCCAGGGUGGUGGCUCAGUGUGUAAGCUGAGUUCAAACCAAGCUUUUCAUGUCCAGAGUGGUUGUGGCCAGGAACCAGUUAUAGGUGUCGGUAGGGAGGGAAGCAGAAGACAGUACUUGAUGGAACAAUCACAGAAGCAUCAAGCAAAGCCUAGUGACUGGGAAGCGACUUAUGCCAGCAGGGAGGGUAGCGUACAAGGUACAAAGCAGGAGUCACAUGGAAACCUUGGUAAGCUUGAGCCAUAUUUUGGUGUCGGUAGGGAAGGAGGUAGUAGGCAACAGCUUCAAGGAAUGUACCCUGUGAAACCAGAAAUAGAACCAUUGGAUAACCCCUAUUUGCCACACCCACAGGCUAACUUGCCAGCAAGGCAGGGGCGCCAUUAUGCUGGUGAUCCCUAUUACCAGGAAAUGUUAAGGUCACAAAAUAGACAAGACCCUGCCAUCACAGGGAUGCCAGAAAGAGCCAGGCAGAGUGUACCUACAGAAACAGCAAGUCGUUAUGAGUAUAUGAGAAGUGCGGGAAAGGAGCGACAAGAGAGCUUUGAAGAGCAAACUAGGCGGAGGCCACAUUUAGCAAACCUGAAAAUACCUGUAGUGCGUCCAGUGAAAUAUAACCAGGAAGGCCCAUUGGUGAGGUCAGAGGACUUGCACCAUGUGACCUCCCCUACAGACCUUCAAAGUGAGCACCACCGGCUUACUACUUUUGUUGACUGGCCAGAAAGCUCUCCAGUCAGACCUUGGGAACUAUCCUCUGCUGGGUUCUAUUAUCUGGGGGAUCAGGACAGUGUUAAGUGCUAUAAGUGUGGAGUCGCACUUCGCAAUUGGGAACCUGAUGAUCUGCCAUGGGUGGAGCAUGAAAAGUGGUCACCACAUUGCCCCCUUGUUAUUGAGUACCUUAAAAAUAGGCCCAACCCUGGGCCCGUUGAGGUGGAGGAUCCUUAUCUUCAUAACCCCCCGAUGCAAGGACAAGGGCAUAGUCCCCCAGAAAGUGAGAUGUAUUUCCCUAGUAAUCAAAGGCGCUCAGAAAAUCCAGAGAUUGGUAGACGUUCUCCUCCAAGGGUUUCUAAACCACCUUCACUGCCCCAUCAACCUUUUUUGGCACCAGCUGGUAACUUUUCCAGUGAGUCAUUAAGAGUUGCAAGUCAAGUAACACAUGGCUGGGAAUCACCUUAUAACACUUUUCCUGGUCAGCAGAAAAAGGUUGCUUGUCCAGAAGACAUUUGGGAACCAGAAGACAAACCUGUUAAGCCUCAGGGGAUAUGUCACAAAGAAGAGAGUUAUUACCCUUCCAUUGGAAACAGGCCCCAUGUAAUGUCCACUGGCAAUGAAGGAGAUAUCACAUCUAAAGACAUUCAAAAUGCAUUAGCCAUGGGAUUUUCUAGAGAGGAUAUUGAUGCAGCAUGCGCAAGGAAGCUAGCUGAGUCAGGCUCCCCAUUUUCAUCAUUACAAGAAUUAACCCAGGCACUUUUAGACCAUGAGGACCCUUCUAGUCAACCCUCAAAUUGUGCAAUUCAUGGAAACAGCCGAGCAUUCUUAGAUAACCUUAUGCCGUCUCAAAGCCUGAGGCCUCCAGGAAACCUCUCUCUGCCUUCCACAAAUGAGAAGCAAGUGCUACGGCGUACAAACAGUGCUCCAGAGAGCUCUGGGUCUUCACCCGAAGGAGAGUCUCUUCAGCAGAAACUAGAGCGGAUGCAGGAGGAGAGAUUGUGUAAGAUCUGCAUGGAUGCAGAGGUCGGCAUUGUGUUUCUUCCUUGUGGGCAUCUGAGUUGUUGCCCUGGGUGUGCUGAAGGAAUGGAACUGUGUCCUAUGUGUCGGGCACCUAUUAGGGAGACUAUAAGAACAUUUUUGUCCUAGCAAAAUCAGCAUAGAGCAGGUGCACCCCCUUCACCCCCUGGCAACCAAAAAAGGGGGGUCAUUUUUAUUGAGAGAUCUUCAAAUACCCCCCUCUUGCAAAUCCUUGGUACGGGCCUUUAGAGUACAAUUUUAUUAAAGGGGACUAGCUGAGGGCUAUAUUUGUUUGACAGUUAUUUACGAAAUCUCUUACAUAAUAGAACAUUUUACAGUAGUUAUGAGAAGUGAUUUGAUAGUCAGCUCCAUAUAUAUGCUUGUAUCCCUCACGAAGACUCCUCCAAUUUUGUAUUUUUAAAUUGUCAAAGUCAACACAUACAAAAACUUGGCAAAAAAAAUAUGUCUGAACAUAAGGGACAAAAUUACUGUUUAAAUAGUUCAUAAUGGUUGCAAUAAUAAUAAAAUAACAUACAGAUCACUAA